AUGUCCGCACACAAAGUAUUUAAAAAGUUUGCAAUUGCCAGAAGCCAAGGAUUCCACAUGACUUCAUUCAAAAAACAGCCUGUAGAGACGAAUGAAAGUACAUUAUCAUAUAUAAAGAGAAUAUUAGAAGAAUAUAUUGAUAUAUUUUAUCCCACAAAAGAGGAACAAAAGAAGACAGAUACAGUAUUGCUUAUUGGUGUUAUCGCAGGAGCAGUAGCUAUUAUUCUUGUAAUAAAGAUGCUAUACCAAUCAAGCAGAAAGAGACAGGCUAGAAAGAAAGCUGAAGAGUUUGCUAUAUAUCGAAAUACUGAGUUGGAAGAACAUGUUAGAGCACUCAGAGAGGAAGUUAGCAGAUUUAAUAGAGAAAAUAAAAGCCUUGUUGAGAAAAAUGAAAAUCUUAAAGAACAGGUUGAAGAUGUGCACAACAUAGUACUUAACUUAGAAACAAAGAUAAAAGAUAAUCAACUAGCAUUUGAUAGUGAAUACACAAAAUUAAGCGAUGUUAAUGAGACACUUGAAAAAGAAAAUGAAAGAAUUAAAAAACAAAUUGAAGAUGGUGAUAAUGUAGUGUCUAAACUAUAUGAUGGAGUAGUGAAAAUUGCUUCACACGAGAAUGAUAGUGAAUGUGCAUAUACAAAGAUAUAUAAUAUAGAAAUUAAAGAACUUGACAUGAUUAUGAAACAACUAAUUGCUGAUGGCAAUGCAAAUUUUGGAGCUUUAACUGAAAUUUUAGAAGAUAGAAUUGAAGAACGUAUAGAAAUGUACAUGCUCAAACGGAGAGAAGAAGCGUCUAAAAAAGAGUAA